CUUGCCGGCGUCUGCCUCCUUCUCUCCCCUCGCGUCGCUCCCCCUCGCCGGGAUGCCUCGGAGUCAAGGCGGAAGUGUCCGCCCAGCACAUCUGCCAGCGCGAGCUCCCAGCGCGAGCAGCCAGCGCGAGCGUUGUGCGCUGUGACAGCUGAUCAGUGGCUCCGCGAGAGCACGGCGGAAACACCAAAAAGCACCCAUCAGCUGACUGAACUUCACACACUCUCUCCCCCGAUGGCCUCUAUGGGCAGUGCGGAGCGACGGGCGUUCGCUCUGAAGAUCAACAGGCACUCCUCCGCGGAGAUCAGACGGCACUUCAGCGGCAGCCAUGGUUUUUAUCACAGCCGAACCAGCUCCAAUGCUUCGGUCACAGCCUACCUCACAGUGCCUCCGACGUAUGACGCAGUGGAGCCAUUGGACCUGGAGGAGUUCCUGAUGUCACAGUUAAGAAGCGGAGACUCAGCUCUGAUGCAAGAACUUGGUGACUUUCCUGAUGACGACCUCAAAGUGGAGCAGGUGGAGAAGGAGCGCCGCACUAUCCGACACUCUGUCCCAGAGGAAGGAGUGGAGUUGGAUCCACAUGUUAGAGACUGUGUUAACAGUUACACCCAGCCCUGGCUCCUAGUCUCCAGACGAUGCCAAGGGGAUGGCUGGAGUGCAUAUUCGGAGCGAGCUGGCCUACACAAACUCCUGCAGAAGCAAACUUUUGAGUCCGACGUUCAACCAGAAAACCAAGACAAACCAGUCAAGUCUCCAACCCUUGCAGGGCUAAGCGAUGAUGCGGACCGCACGCUAACCUCGUCUGAUUUCAACUUGCGAUGUUUGAACCCGGACCAGAGAGUGGAGGGUCUUCUGGCUUUCAGCAGCCACGAGGAGCUGGACCGCUUCAACCAGGAGGCGCGGCAGGGAAACCGACACCCUGAGCUGUUCGCUCUUUACCCACCAGUUGAUGAGGAGGAUGCAGUGGAAAUCCGGCCUAUUCCGGACUGCCCCAAAGAACACAUUGGAGAACGUGUCCUGAUCCGAUGCCAGGCCUUAAAGUUUGAAAUUGACAUUGAGCCAUUAUUUGCUACAAUGGCCUUAUUCGACCUGAAAGAAAAGAAAAAGAUAUCAGAGAACUUCUACUGUGAUCUAAACUCAGAACAGUUUAAGAACUUCCUAAAACCUCACACUCCACAUAUGGAUCACUCCACACUGGCCAGAUCUGCCAUCUUCUCCAUCACUUAUCCCUCUCCAGAUAUAUUCUUGGUCAUUAAGAUUGAGAAAGUUCUCCAACAAGGAGAGAUCAGUGACUGUGCUGACUCGUACAUAACACUGAGGGAAUGCGACUCCAAUAAGAACAAGGACAAACUUGAAAAACUGCGAGGCCAGGCCGAGGCGUUCUGCCAGAGGCUGGGCCGCUAUCGCAUGCCUUUUGCCUGGGCGACUGUUAAUAUCAUGGAAGUCAUCUCCACCGCCGCUAUAGAGCGUGAUGUCACAGAUUCUGAGAGCAUAAAAGGAGCUAAAUCAAGCAGCAUUGACCGAAGAGCGCAGCUUCCCAGGAGGAACUCGGAGCGUUACAAUACCAUGGAUGAACAUUUCUGUAAUGUGUCUGCAUUCAAACCUGCUACCAUCACUAUAUCUACCAUCUUCAAACAGGAGGGAGAUCGUCUAAGUGAUGAAGAUUUGCUGAAGUUCCUGGCUGAGAUUAAGAAAACUUCAACUCCACAGAGGAGAAUCAAGACCAUUCCAGGUUGCAUAAAGCUGGACAUGUCUCCAGUUCAUGACAUACCACAGGCCUGUUUGUCCCCUGAGCUUAUCCCUCUGAUACCGGUGGCCGAGAAAAACAUUCGUCCUGUUAAGGAAGUACUGGAGUUCCCCUCCAGUGAGGUUUACGUCCCCCACAACAUUUACAGGAACUUGAUCUACGUUUACCCCCAGAGGCUAAAUUUUGUGAAUAGACUAACGUCGGCGAGAAACAUCACCAUCAAGACCCAGUUUAUGAGUGGAGAGGACCCCAGCUGUUCCCUGCCUGUCAUAUUUGGAAAGUCGAGUGGCCCUGAAUUUCUGCAAGAGGUUUACACCCCCAUCACCUACCAUAACAAGUCUCCCGACUUCUACGAGGAGGUGAAAUUGGCCCUUCCUGCUCAUUUGACGGAGAGACAUCACUUACUGUUCACUUUUUACCACAUCAGCUGUCAGCAGAAACAGAACCAGGGCGGCAACUGCGAGACACUCAUUGGAUAUUCAUGGCUACCCAUACUGUACAGUGACCGGCUGCAGACUGGUCAGUUCUGUUUGCCCAUUGUCUUGGAGAGACUUCCUGUCAACUACUCGCUGCACACACCAGAGAAACUUCCUCCCCAGGUCCCUCCAGUCAAGUGGAUGGAGAGUCAUAAAGGACUUUUCAACCUUGAGAUCCAGGCUGUAUCAUCUGUACACACUCAGGACAACCACCUGGAGCGUUUCUUCACCCUCUGCCAUGCUCUGGAGGGUGGAGCUACAUUCCCAUUACGGGUCAGGGAGGAGAAGAUUCCAGAGAACAAGCUGGAGCACGAACUAAAGCUCAGCAUCAUAUCGCUCUCCUCCUCCAGCCUGGAGCCUCUGGUCCUGUUUCUCCACCGGGUGCUGGAUAAACUCUUCACCCUCAUCAUGCAGCCUAUGGUCAUUGCUGGUCAGACCGCUAAUCUGGCCCAGAUAGCUUUCGAAUCGGUAGUGUCCAUCGUCAACAGCCUUCAUAACAGCCAGGAGCUGGUCAGGGAUCAGCAGGGCAGGAACAGCCUCUUGGCGACGUAUCUGUACUGGGUGUUCCGUCUGCCCAAUCCCCCGCGAGACCUGCAAAGUGCAGGUUCCGGGAGCUCAGUACCUUCUGCGGAGAACCGUUACAGCACCAUGGGCCGGGCCACGGCCACCUCUGUUGGGAAUAUGCUUCUCAAGUCCAUAGUCCGCAGCAGCAGCAACCCGGACAUCCCGGGUCCGCACACCUCAGCUGAAGACGCAGAGGUCAAAAAUAUCCUUUCUUCCAAGGGCCUCAACCAUCCAGGCAGUCGCAUGUCCACCUACGUGGAUGUAAACAACCAUCAGAACCCUACAGGAAGCACCAGACCUUCCAACAGAAAGCAGUUUCAUGAGGAGCUGGCCCUGCAAAUGGUCGUCAGCACUGGCGUGUGCAGAGAAAAUGCUUACAAAUAUGCCUGGUUCUUCUUUGAACUGCUGGUGAAAAGCAUGGCUCAGCAUGUCUCUCAGCUGGACAAGCAGAGCGUUCCACGAAGAAGUCGCUUUUCUGAUCGAUUUAAAGAUGACAUCACCACCAUCGUCUCUGUGGUUACAGCUGAAAUUUGCACCAUACUUGUCAAACAACAAAAGGAGGUAGAACAGGCCGAGAAAGUCAACAUCAGCCUGGCCUUCUUCCUGUACGACCUGCUGUCUCUCAUGGAUCGGGGAUUUGUUUUCCAGCUGGUGAAAAACUAUUGCAACCAGAUGUCAGCAAAGAGUGUUUCAAUGCCCACCCUGAUCAGCAUGCGUUUGGAGUUCUUGCGUAUCCUCUGCAGUCAUGAGCAUUACCUCAACCUGUGCCUCUUCUUCAGCAGCCCUGCGUCUGCACCUGCCUCUCCAUGCCCAUCGCUCUCCUCCCAGAGCUCUGGUUCAUGCAGUUUCCAGGAGCAGCAGAGGAUCUUGGCGCUGUUUGAUCUUUCUCAGGAAUUCAAGCAGCAGCAUUACCUCACUGGUCUGCUACUUACAGAGCUCAGUGCCGCCCUCGACAUGGAGUCAGAGGGGGGGAAGGUUCAGAGGAAGGCUAUCAAUGCAAUUUACAGUCUGCUGUGUUCUCAUGAUCUGGAUCAUCGCUGUAUUAAACCCGAGGUCAGAGCCAAGGUGGCUGCUCUCUACCUCCCCCUGGUGGGGAUCAUUAUAGACUCCACAAACUACCUGGAUUUCACUGUUUCUGACACGCGCAGUGGGAAAAACAAGACUGGUGAACCCGAGGAUGACCUUGAAAAUGUCCCACCUAUCAAUCACACUGUUGCCAUGGCGAUCGCUGGGAACCCCUUUAGCACACUGGGACGAAAUGUUCUCGUCUCCAUGGCAUCCUUGCAAGGUAAAUCCAUAGCCACCUUGGCUGCAGACACCAGUCGCCACCUUUUGGUGUGCUUCUUGUGGGUGAUGAAGAAUGCUGACCGGAGCCUGAUUCAGCGCUGGACAGUGGAUAUGCCUCCCUCACAGCUCAUCAAACUCCUGGAGCUCCUCAGCAUAUGCGUGUCUUGCUUUGAGUACAGGGGUAAGCAAAGCAGUGACAAAGUAAGCACCCAGGCCUUACAGAAAUCUCAGCAGGCUAAACUGCAGCUAGAAGAAGCCCUGCUGAGAGGAAUGGGAGCCCGUGGGGAAAUGAUGAAACGAGUCGGAGGAACAGAUAGGACUUUGGGUCAGAGAGAGCACCUACGCUGGAGGAAAGACCUCACUCAGUGGCGCCAGACCAAUGACAGACAGGAUAAAACAAAAGCGGAGUUGGACCAGGAGGCUCUAAUCAGUGGGAACUUGGCCACAGAAGCAAACCUCAUAGUGUUGGACCUGCUAGAGACUAUUAUACAGGCAGUGCCCUUGUCUGAGUGUAAGGACAGUGUGGUUGGCGGGGUGUUGAAGGUGUUACUCCACUCUCUCACCUGCAACCAGAGCAGCACUUUCCUCUCUCACACCUUCAGCACACUCCGGGCACUUGUCGUCAAGUUUGGAGACCUGUUGUUUGAGGAGGAGGCGGAGCAGUGUGCGGACCUGUGCCAGAAGGUGCUCCAGUACUGCAGCAGCCCCGUGGAUGAAAACAGGAGCCAGGCUUGUGCCACCCUCUAUCUCAUAAUGAGAUACAGCUACAGUAAUGCCAGUAACUUCUCACGAGUAAAGAUGCAGGUCACCAUGUCUUUGGCCUCGCUGGUGGGCAAGUCAUCAGACUUCCAGGAGGAAUACUUGCGGCGCUCCCUCCGCACUAUCCUGGCUUACGCAGAGGAGGACACAGAGAUGCAGAACACUCAGCUUCCCUCACAGGUUGAUGAGCUUCUGAGAAACCUCAACAGUAUUCUGUCUGACACAGUGAAGAUGAGGGAGUUUCAGGAAGAUCCUGAGAUGCUUAUGGACCUCAUGUACAGGAUAGCAAAAGGCUAUCAGACGUCUCCUGACCUCCGUCUGACCUGGCUGCAGAACAUGGCAGAGAAACACACCAACAGGAAGUGCUACACCGAGUCGGCCAUGUGUCUGGUCCAUGCCGCCGCCCUGGUGGCUGAGUACCUCAGCAUGCUGGAGGAUCACAAGUACCUCCCCGUCGGCAGCGUCACUUUUCAGAACAUCUCUCCAAAUGUACUGGAGGAGUCAGCUGUGUCAGAUGACAUCCUGUCCCCAGAUGAGGACGGGGUGUGCUCAGGACGUUAUUUCACCGAGAGUGGCCUGGUUGGAUUGCUUGAGCAAGCCGCUGAACUCUUCAGCAAUGGUGGUCUUUAUGAGGCCGUGAAUGAAGUCUACAAGAUCAUCAUACCAAUCCUAGAGGCACGCAGAGAUUUCAGAAAACUGGCAUCCACACAUGACAAACUUCAUCGAGCUUUUGAUAACAUCAUUCAGAAGGGUCAUAAGAGGAUGUUUGGAACUUAUUUCCGUGUGGGUUUUUACGGGGCCAAGUUUGGUGACCUGGAUGAGCGGGAAUUUAUUUACAAGGAGCCUGGGAUCACACAUCUGCCCGAAAUAUCACAUAGGCUAGAGAACUUCUACAGUCAGUGUUUUGGAGAUGAAACACUGGUCAUGAUUAAGGACUCCACACCAGUGGACAGAAAACAGCUCAACCCCAAUAAGGCGUAUAUCCAGAUCACUUAUGUGGAGCCUUACUUCGAUGACUAUGAAAUGAAAGACCGCCUGACAAACUUUGAGAAAAACUUCAACCUGCGACGCUUCAUGUACACCACACCGUUCACCAAGAGCGGCCGGCCCAGGGGGGAGCUCAAUGAGCAGUACAAGAGGAAGACCAUCCUGACCACCAUGCACGCCUUCCCCUACGUGAAGACUCGCCUCAACGUCAUUCAGAAAGAGGAGUUCGAUCUCACUCCUAUUGAGGUGGCCAUAGAAGACAUGCAGAAGAAGACGAGGGAGCUUGCAGUGGCGACACACAGAGAACAGCCAGAUGCUAAAAUGUUACAGAUGCUGCUGCAAGGCUCUGUCGGGGCCACUGUUAACCAGGGCCCACUGGAGGUGGCCCAGGUCUUCCUGAAUGAGAUCCCAGCGGAUCCAAAGCUCUUCCGUCACCACAAUAAACUGCGCCUCUGUUUCAAGGAGUUUAUAAUGAGAUGUGGAGAGGCAGUCGAAAAGAAUAAGCACCUCAUCACAUCAGACCAGAAGGAGUACCAGCAGGAGCUGAAGAAAAACUACAAUCGUCUGAGAGAGAACCUAAGGCCCAUGCUGGAGAGAAAGAUUCCUGAGCUCUAUAAACCCAUCAUCCGGCCUAGACUUGAUAACAGAGAUUCCUUUAAACGCCUAAGCUUCCGCAGGACUCAAGAGGAAAACUCCUGAGAUCCCACAGCUUGUCUAAAGGUUUUAAGGAGAGGAAAAGGGAAAUUGUCACACAAAUGAGUGUUAAAAAAGAAAAACUGCUUUUGAAGACUCUAAAAUUGUCAAGCUCAUGCUGCAUUUGCAAUGGAGAGUCACAGAUUUCUGGAAUCCCACAAAUGUGUGGGACAUUUGCUGGACAUGUUUGGCAAAUGGAAAGUGAAUACAAAAUCAGGGGCAGUGUUACUCACAAGCAAGAUUGAGCUUAUUAAGUAUUUCACUUUAUAUAAUCUUUAAGUCCUAGUAAUGCUGCAAAUAUUUUUUCUCAAAUGUACAGAAGUCACUUGUGCUUUUUCAGGCUCAGAGCUUGUAUGAGUGACAAUGAUGCUUGUGUCCUGAUGUAUAUAAUGUACAAAUGUAUGACUGAAUGUCUGUCCGUUUAGAUGCUGGGUAGGAUAGAAGCUUUUAGUGACAUACUGAGGUCCCUUUUUUUUCUAGGUCAUAAUCGACAAUCUUGGUACUGAGGAGCCUUUGAAAUUAAAUUCUGAGCAAUUAUGCAUGAUGUGUCAGAAGAGCAAGAGCAUGUAUGGAUCUAUGCAAUAGAGAACUGGGUACAAUCUUCUGUCACUCUGAAGGCCACUCUUCUCUUUUCAAUGGUGGAUGUGCAACCUGGCAUUAUGAGUAUUUCACAAAUUGAUCAAGAUUGCAUAAAGAAAACUGAUCAGAUUGACAUUUUUUAAAUAAAAGACAUAUCCCCUUCAAAUCAUUUGAAAAUGUUUACAAUGGUAUAAAAAGUAUUUUGCCUUCUGUGUGAUGGACUUUUUAUUUUUGAAUAAAUGACAGCAAUAAAGACUUGAAUUGGACAUUUUCAUCAGGUUGGAUACUGUAAUCAUCUUAUCCACUAGUUGAAUAACAGUUUGUGAGAACCAUUUGCCACGUGCCAAAUUGAAAUAUUUUCUUAUUUAUUCAAUUUUUAAACGGCACUGUGAUCAGCAAUAUUUUCAAAGUGCAUUGUUGAAAAGAAAUGUAUUGCUGCUCUUGACUAACAAAUAAAGACAAACUGAAUUAAUGAGAUAUUCAUGGAAUAGCUUAUCAGUUUAGGUGUUAUGUCGCAGGGCAUACUGUAUUUCAGUCAUGUAAAUGUACAAAAGUGUUUAAAAGAUGGGAAUACGUUUUUUUUAUAUGCAUUAUUAACAUUCAUUUGAAUAUUUUUCUUGUAUUUUUUGCUGCUGAAAAUGUUCAAAAUGGUUUAUGAAAUAAAAAAUUAUGCAGUGUCCAUAUUAAAUGUGAGUAUUCAUUAAAACACAUAGCUAUUUUUGAAAUCUUGUGCAAGUAGGUGUAAUAAGAUAUUUUGAUUGGAAUUUAUAUACCUUUUGCGUUAAAAUUAAAUAUGUAAUGUUUACUUGUCAUGUUAACAAGGAUGUUGGAAAAACCUGAAUAAAACGUAAUAUAUGAACACUGUCAUCACUGUUUGGUUAUUAUUUUGUGACCGAAAAUGAAUGCACCCUCUGGUGUCUGUUGUUUAUUUCCUAUAUCAUUUUGGUGGAUGAAUUAUUCACCUAAAAUCAUGUAAUACAUUGUCUAAUUUUAAUACUGCAGUUGAAAAAU